AACAAAACUGAACUGUUUUAAGGAAUCUAUUUCUGGUUGGUAGUGCAUAGGUGUGACCACACACACCAGUUUCUUCGCAUCAUCUUGUUGAUGUCGUAACUAAUAAUUAUAACCUUUAUAUAAAUCAUUAACCCACCCUGCACGGAAAACAAGCCAAACACAAAGAUUAUAAAAAAAGAGACUGGAAACUAGAUUUUGCACCUUUUUGGUUGUUUCUGAAUAUUGCAGGCACAAAUUCUUGUUUCUUGUUUCCUGUUUCCUGGGGAGCUUGUACGUACGUAGAUGGAGUCUGCAGAGACCAACACUGUGUCGCAAGAUCCCAAGAAACAAGCAUCGUAUAAUACAGUAGAAACAAUGGAGGAGGUGAACGAUUCUCCGGUUGAGGAAGUCCGGCUGACGGUAGCGAUAACGGAUGAUCCUACGCUGCCGUGUCUGACGUUUCGGACAUGGGUGUUGGGGGUAAUAUCAUGUGCAGCUCUAGCCUUCUUGAACCAGUUCUUCGUGUAUCGCCAGAACGCCCUCUCUGUAUCCUCUGUUUCUGCUCAGAUUUUAGUCCUUCCCCUCGGAAAGCUCAUGGCUGCAACUCUGCCAACCAAAGCGAUCACCAUUCCUGGAACUAAAUGGUCCUUCACAAUGAAUCCUGGGCCCUUCAACUUAAAGGAGCAUUGCCUCAUCACCAUAUUCGCCAAUGCAGGCGUAACCGGUGUUUAUGCAGUCAACAUCAUCACCAUCGUCAAGGCCUUUUACCAUCGCAGGAUCGACCCUGUUGCCGCAAUGCUACUCACACAUAGUACACAGUUGCUCGGGUACGGCUGGGCUGGGAUUUUCCGCAAGUUUCUGGUAGAUUCCCCCUACAUGUGGUGGCCUGCCAACCUGGUUCAAGUGUCUCUCUUCAGAGCAUUGCAUGAGGUUGAAGUGAGGCCAAAAGGAGGCCUCACACGCCUCCAAUUCUUCACCGCCGUCUCCGUUUCCAGCUUCUGUUAUUACAUAAUCCCCAACUAUCUCUUCCCAUCCAUCACUGCUCUCUCCUUCGUUUGCUGGAUAUGGAAGGAUUCCGUGACGGCCCAGCAGAUAGGAGGAGGGAUUCGGGGCUUAGGACUCGGCUCCAUUGCGCUUGACUGGUCGACUAUUGCAGCUUUUGUAGGCAGCCCUCUAGCAACCCCUGGUUUUGCUAUAUUAAACAUGUUGGUUGGCUUCAUAUUGAUUGUCUACGUCGUCGUACCAAUAGCCUAUUGGAACAACUUUUACAACGCAAAGCGAUUCCCAAUCGUCUCUUCACACGUCUUUGAUGCUACUGGAGCACCAUACAACACCUCAUUAAUCCUAACUGGGAAAUCCUUUGAAUUCAACCGUGAGGGAUAUGAUAGUUACAGCAAGGUGAACCUCAGCAUCUUCUUCGUAUUGAUAUACGGUCUCAGCUUCGCAGUCUUGGCGUCUACUGUAUCACACGUAGCACUCUUCCAUGGAAGAACCAUCUGGCAGCAGACCAAGGCCUCGUUUAACGACAAGUUCGGAGACGUGCAUACUAGGUUGAUGAGGAAGAACUACGAAGCUGUCCCUCAAUGGUGGUUCCACGGCCUCCUGAUGGUGGUGCUUGCUGUAUCCAUGCUUGCAUGCGAAGGCUUCGGAAGGCAGCUGCAGCUUCCUUACUGGGGCGUAGCGUUGGCCAUGGCUUUGGCCUUCGUGUUCACGCUGCCCGUGGGCGUCAUUGCAGCCACAACCAACCAGCCAGCAGGACUGAAUGUGAUAUCGGAGAUGAUAAUCGGAUACAUGUACCCAGGAAAACCUCUAGCCAACGUAGUGUUCAAGACGUACGGCACCAUAAGCAUGUCGCAGGCCAUCACCUUCCUGUCGGACUUCAAGCUGGGGCACUACAUGAAAAUCCCUCCCAAGUCCAUGUUCCUGGUUCAGCUGGUGGGGACGGUGAUCACUUCCUUGGUGAGCUUCGGCACAGCUUGGUGGCUCCUCACCUCCAUCGACUACAUCUGCGACCAAUCAAGGCUGCCUCCGGGGAGCCCCUGGACGUGCCCGGGGGACGACGUCUUCUACAGCGCCUCCAUAAUCUGGGGCGUGGUGGGGCCACUCCGCAUGUUCGGGAAGCUGGGGCUCUACCCGGGGAUGAACUACUUCUUCCUCUUCGGGCUGGCGGCGCCCCUCCCCGUCUGGUACUUCGCGCGCAAGUACCCGGACAGGAAGUGGAUCAGCUGCAUCAACGUCCCCAUCAUUCUCUCGGGGACUAUGGGGAUGCCUGUGGCCAAGGCUGUCAACAGCGUCUCCUGGUUUACUGUGGGGAUCAUCUUCAACUGGGUAGUGUACCGGAGGUUCAAGGCCUGGUGGGCUCGCCACAACUACAUUCUAUCUGCUGGCCUCGACGUCGGGGUCGCCUUCAUGGGGACGCUCUGUUACUUCGCCUUGCAGUAUUAUAACAUCGCCGGACCUAGCUGGUGGGGCUUGAACAUCGACGAUCACUGCCCCUUGGCCAAAUGCCCCACCGCGCCCGGUAUACAAGUUGGACAAUGCCCUGUCCACUGACAAAUCACUCCACUUUGUGUUAUACUAUUUCAUUUUCAUAUACUUGUUUCAUCCAAAUCUACACAUUUGAGCACCAAAAGUUGGGAUGCUUAAUGCUAUGGCGUAUGUAUUGUUGAUCCGUUGAAUGCAAAUUUUCAAAUUAGUGACCAAAAGAGAAGAGAAAAA